GUUUGUAGGUUUUUUAUUGGAUCAAAUUCAAAAUUCAAAUUCCUUCUCUCCCAAUUCACAGAUCGAUCCUUGUUUUUGUUUUUAUGCUUUAUGCUGUCAAGAUCUUAACACAGAAAUGCAGCAGCGAGUAGAAGCUUCCUCCAGACCCCGAAGCUCCGCUUAUCUUAACGCGCUCUCACUAGAAAUCGAGAAAAAGCUUCAACGGGCAUUAUCGUCUUCAUCUCAGAGACGCAACUUGUUAAAAGAACUAUUUGCAGAUAUAGCUUUGGAAAUCGAUGAUCGAGCCAAAGAUAUAAUUCUAAGCAGAGAAGAUCAAAUAUCUUCCGCGGCUAACGGCGUUAAUGGUCGGUUAUACUUUUAUGAUGUUCUUGCUGAUUAUUAUGUUCAAGUACCCCCUCGUGGAAAGCCUAUCCUUGAUUUGAUUGUUCAACUGUGGAGCCAGUCAUUUGCAUCUCACAUUUUUGCCCUCUUAUUCCAUAAUUGGUUAUCGGAAGUUCAACUGGAUGAUGCAGAUAUCCAACUUCGUUAUGCCUCUGCACUUGUUCAGGGUGCAACAAAUGUUUUCUGGAUUGACAUCCAAUCAAAUACGAGGUUUUUCCAGUCUCUCUUUCGGUACCUUCUCAAUGAAGUUGCAUUGGAGCCUACACGGUUAAAUAAAAUUCCAAUACAGGCCCGGAGGGAUCUGUACCUUUUAAUGUCAAGGGUCAUAUUCUUUUACAACUCAGUUGAAAAACUCGAAAGCUUCUUAAAGCUAUGUCCCACAUUUCCAAAUGCUUCACUGGUUGGUGGACCAGCAGAUAUACUUAUUAUUGAACUAGCAGAUCAGCUUCAAAAAUUAAAAGUGGAGCCUGUCCUAUUGCAUUAUCUUGGUCAGAUUGAAGUUCUUCGAGCAGGUAUGGAACUGAGGAUUGCAACGAGUACGAGGUUGAAAACAUGUUUAUAUAGCUUGACAUCACCUGGUGGCCCCAUGUAUCCUACAAGGGCUGUGCGUCAUGCAGCUCGGGAUGCCCUAGAUUUGCUUUUUCCCGUCGGACGAUACCCUCGACAACUUAUAAGUUUGUUCUUUAGACUAUUAUAUCCCUGGUAUUGGCCUUCUUCAUGUUGGUACUUCAUAACGUAUUACAUCAAGGUUUUGUUUUGUUGCCUGUUGAGGUUUGUCUUUUCUAGUUGGGGGAAGCUUAGACAGCCGAAAGGGCCUAACCAUCGCCCAGAUGCCAAAGACUGCUAAUACUAAUAAAUUAUGCAUUAGCUUUUCAAAUA